UUGAAAGAAGUUCCAGUCAAACAGUUGACGUCGUUAUGUAUUGUUCUUCAACUGGAAUCGAGACUGCCGCAAAAAAAUUUCAAAAAUGAACAAUAAUGUGGAUGUGACGGACAUUAAAUUAAAUGUUAAAGAUGUGAAAAGUAACUUACAACAUUUCGAUUGGAUUGAUUAUGGUGUCUUUCUGUUUAUGUUGAUCAGCUGUGCAGCGGUGGGUGUUUACUUUGGUUUCAUCGAUAAAAACAGGAAAAGGAGGCUCAGUGCAUCAAAUGCAACUGAAAUUGCACAGGAAUAUUUGCUGGGCGGAAGACGGAUGACGGUUGUUCCCGUAGCUAUGUCACUUGUGGCAAGUUGGAUAUCUGGAAUAGCCCUGCUGGGUCUCGUUACUGAAAUGUACACGUACGGCACGCAAUACCUAUUCGUCAUUUUUGCACUCAUACUUGCUGGCCUUUUGACAUCGUACGUCUAUAUGCCCGUGUUUCAUGAUCUACGUUUGCAGUCUUGUUUUGAGUAUUUGGAAAAGAGAUUCGAUAAGAGAAUUCGGCUGUUUGGUUCAGUCCUUUAUUCACUACACACGAUCACCUUUCUGCCAGUUGUGAUUUAUGUACCGGCGCUAGCUUUUAAUCAAGUAACUGGAAUAGACAUUUACAUUAUUACACCAUUUGUAUGCGCCAUAUGCAUUUUCUACACGUUGGUGGGAGGCAUCAAAGCCGUCGUUUGGACAGAUUGCAUUCAAACAUUUAUGAUGAUCGGCACGAUGUUAAUAGUAAUCGGAAAGGGCACUGUUGACGCCAAUGGUUUCGGUAAUAUUUGGAAUACCAAUUGGGCAGGUGGAAGGCUUGUGUUUCCCGAACUUACGUUGGAUCCUAAAGAACGGCAUUCUACAUUGGCGUUGCUUGUCGGAGGAACGACGUUCUUAAUUUGCUCUCUCACAUUUAAUCAGGGUAUGGUUCAACGAUACCUAGCGUUACCAACGGUUCGCAAGGCCAGAUAUGCGCUGAGCAUAUACAUUUUCACCACAUCGUUACUGAUUGCGAUUUGCUGCUAUGCUGGACUGAUCGUUUUUACUUUGUAUUCGCAGUGUGAUCCGUUGAAGACGAAGCUAAUCAGUGCACCCGAUCAACUGUUACCACUGUUUGUCAUGGACUCCUUGGGUGAAUAUCCUGGUACGGCCGGACUAUUCAUUGCUGGAAUAUUUUCUGCAGCUUUAAGCACGUUAUCCACGUCCCUAAAUUCCAUGGCGGCCGUGGUUUUGGAAGAUUUCUACAAACCAUUUGUUCGAAAGCCGUUGACCGAAAGAGAAACCACCUUUUUGAUGAAGGGAGUGGUUUUCCUUGUAGGAAUUGUAUCGACGACAUUGGUAUUUGUCGUUGCAAAAUUGGGCACUGUAUUACAGUUACAAGUGAGCAUCGGAGGCAUUACGGCCGGUCCAGUUGUUGGUGCAUUUACAAUGGGAAUGUUGAUGCCAUGGGUAAAACGAAAGGGAGCCUUUUACGGUACCGUUACGGGCCUGAUUGGAAUGUCUUGGUUGUUGUACAAAGCACAGAGUGAUUUAGCUUCUGGUGAUUUGACGUUUCCCAAGAAACCGGUCUAUACAAAUAACUGCAGCUAUAGCUUUGCGUCUGACGCAUGUUCAAACCAAACGCGCACUGAAAUUGCUGAUGAUGGUUCUUUCAAAAUUCACCAUGUCUCGUACCUAUUCUACACAAUUAUUGGGGCGGCUAUCACAAUUGUGACCAGCACAAUAGUGAGUCUAAUUCUAGACAAUGGAUAUGGAUCGGAUCCCAUGCUUUUCAGCCCAAUCAUUAGAAAAUUUAUUACGAUACCGCAACAUAUGCCAAUUGUUGCGCAAGAUCGAAAUGAAAAAGAUUGCACUGUACACGUUCACACAUUUGCAUUGCAGGAUAACAAAGUACAAUAAAGUUGGUGAUAGC